AUGAAGAAGUGGACUGCGUUCAGACGUUGGAUCGGUGCUGAUCGGAGGAAACACCCUGGACAAGAAGUCAACCAAGGCCAAUCAGAAUCUCAGCUGUCAGAUAGCUGUGAUGCGACAGAUCAGGCGACAGCAACUGAGCGAUCACAAGAUGUCAAGAUCUACAUCCCCUAUGAGUCAGCUGAACUCUGCAUCACUCAGAUAGCCGAGGACAUGGAAGCGAUGAAGAAAAGACAUCUGGAGAUGGUGCAGGAGCUGGAGGAGAACUUCCAAAUGACAGCACGGGAGAACCAGGAAUGGACCAUGCAGAGGAUCAGAUGUCAUUAUCAGAACAAGUUGAACACUCUGAGGAGAAUCCUGGACCUCUACCAGGAGAAGGUGGAGAAGAAGAACGCUGACUGGGAGAAGAGAGUAGUGGCCUUGAGUGCACAGAAUGAGCAACUGCUGGAUGAGCAGAGGAGGAGUAAAGAAGAGGCCUUGCGGUGGCACAGAGAAAAGAGCAAAAUGUUGGAGUUGUUCUCCAACAGGCUGGACGUCCUGCACAGCCACCAGGCCUCCACACUACAGGAGCUGCAGAUGGCCAGACAGGAAGUGGGUAAAGUCCAAGAAAUAUUGAUGCUAUCAUCUCAAGAGCAGCAGCAGGAAGCAGCUGAGGAAGGUGUAAGCUCAGAGAACAAAGGACUAUCAGCUCAACAGCAGACUGUGGUCUGCAGUGAGUCUGAGCGACCACUGGAGGGAGCUAAAGCCCGUCUGGAGGAACUGAAGGAGAGCUUGUAUCAGAGGGAGAGAGAGAUCACAGAGCUGCUGGAGGCAGAAAAGAGUCCCAUCCCUCAGCCACCCUGCAGUGUUCUCCUUCCCACUGUCAUACACAAGGCUCAUGCCAUCUGCUCUGCUGUAGCUGAGACCAGAGCUCUUUUGGACCAAAUGAUUGAGGAGAAUCUUGUUGCUCUGGUCAACGCCAGAGACAAACUGGACCAUCUACAGAUGGCCAGAGAAGACAGCAAUGACAGAGAGGAGGAGACCACAGACCAAGAGGGGUCAGAUGAAUAUGAGUCGAGUUUGUCUUUACUACAAGAAACUGUGAGGGAGUACGAGGUUUCUCAACUGGCUUUAGGCUGUAUCAAAACUGGAGAAACCCCUCUUGUGAAUGAUGGUGAUGCAGUCUCAGAACUGGAGGACCUCCUGGGACGAGGAACAAUCAAAACCACAGAGGGAGUGAAGAGUGUUGGCCAUCAACUUCUCCUGCUGCAGGAUCAGGUCAAGAUUGCAUCACUGGUCCAACGAAUCCCGCUGAAGCAAGUCAAAGACGAGAAAAAGAAGAUCAUUGAGAACUACACUUCAGAAAGGACAUUGAGGAAGAAAUACUACAAUAUGGUGCAAGACAUGAAAGGUAAAAUCCGAGUGUUUUGUCGGAUACGACCAGUGAGUCGAUCCGAGACUGUGCAGGGUGGGGCCAUCGUUGUGGAUAAAAUAGAUGAUUACUCUGUUUGUGUGGAGACCCCACGUGGGCAGAGGGAGUUUCAGUUUGACUGGGUGUUCAGUGCUGAAGCCUCCCAAGAAGACCUGUUUCAUGACACCAACAGGCUGAUCCAGUCGGCUAUUGAUGGUUAUAACGUCUGCAUCUUUGCAUAUGGCCAGACGGGCUCAGGGAAGACCUUCACCAUGGUUGGGGACAAGGAACAGAAGAGCCCCGGGAUCAUGCCGAGAUCUUUUAAGGCCAUAUUUGAUAUCAUACAGGAGAACAGCCCCAAAUUCAGCUUCAAGGUUUCGACCUAUAUGCUGGAGCUGUACAAUGACAGGCUGCAGGACCUCUUUGUGAGCCUGGCUGGUGAGGCCCAUGCACAGCCCCAGUCUCAUGGCCAAACCAGGCGAGUGGAGAUCAAGAGGAACAGAAAGGGGGUUGUGUUCGCCCAAGGAGCAGAGACAAAGGAGGCCUCCAGUGCCCAGGAGCUCUACGCUCUGUUCCAGCAGGCCUGCGCCAACCGACACAUCUCUGCCACCAAGAUGAAUGUGGAGAGUUCCCGCUCCCACCUCAUUGUUGGCAUCAUGGUGGAGAGCAGGAAUCUGACCAAUGGGAAUGUGAGCACCGGGAAGCUGAGCCUCGUGGACCUGGCAGGCAGUGAGAGAGCAGCCAAGACUGGAGCCAAGGACCACCAGCUGAAGGAGGCUAACUCCAUUAACAAGUCUCUGAGUGCCCUGGGUGAUGUGAUAUCAGCUUUGUCUGCUGAAAUGCCCCAUGUACCGUACCGCAAUAGCAAGCUGACUGAGGUCAUGCAGGACUCUCUGGGUGGCAACGCUAAAACACUCAUGAUCGUCAACAUCUCUCCCUCAGAGUGCAACCUUGAUGAGACGCUCACAUCACUUGUUUAUGCAACAAGAGUCAAGGCCAUAACCAACAGUGCUCAGAGAAAUGUGGAAAGCAAAGAGAUUGCUCAGCUAAAAGAGUUGAUCAUGAAGUUGAGAUCAGGACAGACAGUGGAAGAGGAGGACGUCUGAAAUGAUUGUGUUUGAGAUGGUUGUGCUUGAAAAAAGCACAUAUUUUAAAUGAUUCAAUGUUUAAUUUAUUGAGGUGACAUCACUACAGGGGCACCAACAGUUGCAUUCAGGGGAUUGCGUGCAGUUUGUUAAUCGGUGCUGCCUGCCUGGGUCUAUAGAAGGAGGCCCCGUAAUACAAGGCCCCACGUGUAACUGAAGAGGCAAAUAGGAAGUCAGUUGGCCAUUCAGUUUGCACUCCUAUUGUAUUGUGUAGUUUGUAGCCCAUUAGAGCUUGUUAGGUUAGGUCUCCAGAGCCAAGCUGCUGCUACAGCUACUGUUACGGGGGGGGGGGCAUAUCACAUGGCUGGGAAUGGACACGCUCACACAUGCAAAGGCCCUGUCCUGUUGUUCUUGUUUUCUUUUUUCAGACAGGUUCACUAAAAUUAGAGCUUUAUUAUAGUGGGUAAAGACAACUGUAAGGAGGGAGGGCUUUAAAGGUUAAUACAUCAAAUGAACUCCCAGGUAUUACUUCUCUUUAAAUGUGCAGAUAGUAAUGUGUCAUAUGGGUGAUUAACUGGGAAAAACAAUAAUUUUAUUUUGGAGCUGCUCCUUGUUUUGUUUUUGUCUCACUCAAGGUUUUGGCUCAGACAAAAGAAAAAGUCACAGCAAAGUCAAACAGAAAUUGUUUGAGCCAGGAUGGCAUGUCGGUGCUGAUGGGGGAUAAAAGUUACUAUUAGUAGACUAUUUUUUGUCUGAAAUUGGGCCCAUUCUGAAUUGUUCAGCAUUUUUAAUCUAUACCGAGGGCCCCACAAGUUGUUCUCUUUGUUACGGCACAUUAGAGCCAUGUUUCCUAGCUUUGCGUGCUGUGGUUUAUUGGCUGCUUUAGAUCAGAGGCCACUCAGCACAUGUUCCCUGUGAUUUGUUAUUCUUUAAUGACAGCCAUGGUUUAAAUCAUACUGUGAGCUCUGUGGACCAGAACAAAGUGAGGGACAAAGAGACAGAGCGCUAUGGAAAGCACAUGGAGAGGGAACAGGGUUGAUGAGGCGGCUGCGGUCUCAUCCUCCGGGUGUGUUUUGUUAAUUAAUCGACACAAACCAAGUCAUUGUAAAUGGUUUGUAUACAUGACCACACACAGGCGGACUGGGAAAGAUGCCUUUAAUGCAGUAAAUGGCUGAAUGCCUGCUGUCAUCAUAAGACAAUGUUGGCAGGUCUAGAGGCCACUGAGGACAAUCUGAGAGUUACAAUACUGUAAUACAGUAAAAAUGUUGAAAUGACAAUAUGCUUGAAAAUAUAAAUAAGACUAGUGCAACACAGAAGUUAAGCAUGUUCUUUUUUAUUAUCAUGUUACAAGUUUCACUUCAGAGUAUGAUGUUCACCAUACAAAGGAAAUGUUAGAAGCUCAUGUUCACUAUUUCACUUUACAAUAUUUUUAUAUUUUACUACUUUUAUCAUCAACAAUAUGUCCUUUUCCCUUGUUUCCUUUCUCCUUUCCUUUCAAGAUUAUUUUUAAAAAGCCUGAUGACAUUGUCAACUAUAGUCCAGAUAACAUUUUUAACUCUUUGAGUGAAACCUUUAAAGAGGUAAUUUAACAUGUUCACAGUUACAAAUAAUGAUUUAAAAAAACUAUAUAUACCUGGAUGCCUAUGACAGUUAUGAUAUCACAUCAACAAGGAUAAUUAUCUUGGAUAUUAAGGAUUAUAAAUUCCUUUCAAGCAAUGUGUGCUAAAAUGUAGCUAUUCUACCUAAUUCAUCAAUCAAUUUAUGAGCCACUGAACAUUGAAUAAAAACAGAAACAAUUACAGCUGGUUCCUCCCAAAUUAAUGUGAUAUGUCAGGACUUAAGGACCAAAAAUCUUGAAAUUUUACAGCAAUUGCUGAUCUUACUGGAGGUUAGGGAAGAGAGGUGUGACCAGGGGGUUACAGAUUUGGCACAAUGUUGGAAAAGACCAUGAAUCCUCAGAAGACUUUCCCUGGAGAGAUACAAGUUAAAGGGAGAUAAAACUGUCUUGAACGUAACUUUCAAAUAAGUUCCUAUAAGUUAUUCUGCUUAACUCCCCUUUUGUUCAAACAGAUGCUGCCAUGCUUCUUUACAUUCAGCUUAUGAAAAUAGAAAUGCCUGAUUUCACACUUCGCUGUCCUCUUUACCCCCCUUAAAGAUGUCUGGGACUGUAUCUAAUCCGGGUGUGUGGGAGUUCACAGUACUGAUGCGUGUGGAGGAGGGUGUUCAAAAAAACGGGGGAACUUGUAUGUCUUAAUAUAUAUUUUUGCAUUAUUUCUUUAGAGAGCCACUGGGGGAGAUGUGAUGGGAGCAGAUGACACUGUAUGCCUUGAAGCUAGACUAAAAGAGGAGGAGGAGCCAGGGAAGGGGGAUAAUGACAGGAAGAAGAUGAGGAAAUAAGGGGAGUGAGGAGAUGAAAAGGAUUCUAACUGAUGGGGAGGAGAUCGGAGGAAAAGUUGAAAGAGAGGGAAGUGAAAGAGUGAGGAUGAACCUUGCAUGAACACAGUUUGAGGCCUGGAGUGCUGAUUACCAAUCUGUAACACCCUCUCUCUCCCUCCCUCUGUGUGUAACUGUAACUAAUAACUUAAGAUGAAGGCUUUUAAUGAGGGGCUGUAGUUUCAUUUUUAAUUCAGUGGGACAGGAAGGCAGAUGGACUUUACCCUACCAAAGUACAGGCACAGAAGCACUUUGAAUGACCCUUUCUCAGCAAAUAUUGUGUCCCAAAACAAACAUGAAGUUAGUUCAUCUAUUCCUACAAUCAACACAAUUUUUAUGACUAUUUUUCAAUAUCUUAUGCAUGGAAAAAAAGUCUACUUGUCAGC